AUAUGCCAUGGCGGAUCAAAGGACCGUGGACUUGCUUUGGAGCUGCGCCAAAUCACUGACCUCCGACACUCAAGCAGAAAGACUCCUCAAAUCACAUUACAUAAAUACCUGCCGCAAGCUAGCAAGGCAUAAUGUGCAACUACCAGAGGACAGUUUUGGACCAGCCAGGAUGUGUAGCCGCUGCGGCAACCAAUGGUCCGAUGCCCGCUAUGAACUCCACCUGGAAUCCCAAAAACUGAGGCAAAGUGCCAAGAACCGAAGACUUAUCGCCCGCCUGGAUGCCGUAAAGGCAAAAAUGCAAAGGGGCGAGAUGAGCAGUGGGGCUAGGAAGCGCGCCAAAUGGCUAAAGAAGCGCAUGGCCAGUAACAUGGCAGUGGACUGCGAGGUUUGCCGGCACAAAACAAUGCUGCCACUGGAAAAGGGCCGAAAGCGAGCCAAACUCCAAGACAAAGAAGAAUCAAUAGUCGUUGCCCAACCUGCGGCAACAGGGCCCACCAAAAAAAAGGCAAAAACGAAAGCCCAAAAUAAAGAUAUCAAUGCAGGCCUUAAAAUUCCACAGGCGCAACCGAAACAACAACAGCCAACUCCCGCGAAGAAAGCCCCCCAAACAGUACAGCAUCCAAGUCAAACUCCAAAAAAGAAGAACCAGAAGAAAAACAAAGCAACACAACCGGCGCCCGCACCGAAAACCCAGUCCAAGACGCAAAAACAAAACGCAUUGCUGCAACUGGCCGCGCAGCUAAAGUCGAACGCGUUUAAAAACGCCAGCAAGUCGCAGGAGAAUCGCCUGCAAGCCUUCCUCAAGUAGCGUGUAAAACCGCUCGCCAAUAUGCAUUUAAGUACAAAGAUUGUGGUUUAGUUGAAUGAAAAUACUUGUUAUUGCACAUAAUUAAGCGUUAGCAACAAUACAAGAAUCAGGCUCUUUGUGCCGGGGCAGAGAGUGGAGUGAUAAAGGUGGCUGGGCCCAGGUGGGAACCUGUUAUCCAGCCGCCCGGUCUUCUGGGUCGAGUCACGCAACGGUCGGCGACUUAUCACUGCAGCCUCACCGACCCAAGGUUGUCCAGAUAUUGCGAAGCCAAUAUGGCCAGCCUGGCUAAUUUAUUUCUCGAAGCACAACGCUUAAUUAAAAUUGAGUUGUUUGCCUCAGCCAUAGUCAUGGUGUCCCAUGUACGCGUCCUUCAAAGCUGCUCCCGAAAAGGGCAACCGAUCGGCCUCGGACAGCUCUCUUUAUCUGCCGCCAAUUGUUCAAAGAGCACACGCACUGGCAAAGGCUCAGUCUACUGAUUUACCUUCGGACUCGGCUUCCCUCCUUCGGCCUGGAAGGCUCUCCGAUUUCUUAGCGACAGCAGCUGCGGCAACAACAUCUGCCUGCCACAUUAGAUGAUUUCUGGUUUUACAGUCCAACUUCAUGGAUGA